AUGGGACUUAGUACCGACCAUAGCCAGGCCAGGUUGGAGCCGUCUGGCGCUACUACUGCCCAAACAGCCGUUGAAUUCGCCCAACAGGCAGAGAAGCUCUCACUUCAAACAACUCAAAAUAACGAACAUAUAGAUACGGUUGCUGUUGAGGCCCAAUUUGUGACGCCACAGGAUCCGGUCAUUAUCACAGCCGAUGGGAACCGACUGCCUACUGUUCCUCUUGAGCAAGCGCAUAAACUUAACAUAUUAAAAGAAGAGCUAGAAAGUGGUGUUUCUAAAGAUGCUAUUAAUCGUAUCAGUGACGAUGACCUCCCACCGCCUCAUGCUGUCGCUGGCUUAGGGUCGAUGUCCUACGCCAAUGAUAAAGCAGCACAGAAAUCAUCCGAGGGUUCAUUGCGGAGGUCUAUGCCACCGACAAAUACACAUCCGCUUUUCCCUCCCCUUCCCUUGUAUGGGCCGCCGUCUCUACUUCGCGAUAUACAAUGCUGGACCUUUCGGUUUACAUCAUUUUUUCUUAGCGCCGCCUUCCUAGGAGUAAUUGUUCUCGGCGCCCUAUUUACGAACAUACCUAAAGUAUGUUACAAGGCUUGGAAGCGCAUGACCUUCCAAGACCCUAACGCUAAGAGGCCAUUUUACGAAGAGGAGAUUCGGAGGCAGACUGUACGAGAUGAACAGGAAAAGGCCUGGAAGAGGCGGCAAUCCCAGGCACGGAGAAAUUCGGAUCAAGAGGACGCCCAGGGAAAUGAAGGCUACAUCCCGACCGAAGGUGGUCCGGAUCCCGUUGUCUGCGAUGUAGGAUACUAUGCGCGGAGAGUUGGUUUGGAUAUUGAGGAAUUCCAAGUACAAACCGAGGAUGGAUUCAUUAUUGACCUGUGGCACGUUUACGAUCCUCGCGAGUAUACUAGGCUAGACGAUAAGGAGCGGGCCUACCGAGGACCAGAAUUAUUUACGGGUGACAACAGAAAGGUACCAAGAGACCCAAACCAGAAGCGUAAGUUUCCUGUCCUGCUGAUGCACGGUCUGCUUCAAAGCUCUGGCGCCUACUGCGUCAACGACGAUGACUCGUUAGCAUUUUACCUGUGCAAAUCGGGCUAUGACGUAUGGCUAGGAAACAAUCGAUGCGGCUUUAGUCCAAAGCAUACCUUACUCGACUACUCAGACCCUCGUAUGUGGUGCUGGAAUAUUCGGCAGAUGGGGGUGUUUGAUCUAUCUGCAUUGGUCUCACGAAUAUUGUUUGAGACCGGAUUCGAGAAGAUCGGGUUGAUUUGUCACUCACAAGGCACGACAGAAACGUUUGUAGCCUUAGCGAAAGAGCAGCGUCCCGAGCUGGGAGAGAAGCUCACCGUGUUCUGCGCCCUUGCGCCAGCAGCCUAUGCCGGUCCGCUGAUUGGCAAGAUGUACUUCAAAUUUAUGCGCGUGAUAUCGCCGGCUCUCUUUCGAAUUAUGUUCGGUAUUCACGCAUUCAUUCCUAUUAUGAUGACCAUGCAUUCGAUCCUACCUUCUGGCAUCUACGGACAGCUUGGAUACACGGUAUUCUCGUUUUUAUUCGACUGGACGGAUGCUCGUUGGGAUCGUGGCCUAAGAGAUCGCAUGUUUCAGUUUGCCCCCGUUUACGUGAGCGCCGAAUCGAUGCGCUGGUGGUUAGGUCGGGAAUGCUUUGCCAAACAUAAAUGCAUACUCUCUACUAAGGAAGAGUGGCGGAGCGAGGAGAGCGAGGACGGGACAGAUGGACCUCUCGCCGAAACAGCCAGCAAGCGCCGAAGUUCUAUACUACAAAACAUGAAUAGAGAGCACCAAAAGAAACCCAAAGGGUCUACGGCGUGGUACAAUGAGAAGGUGUGUCCAUUUGCGCUAUGGGUAGCCGGAAAAGAUAGUCUCGUGGAUGGGAAGAAACUGCUGCGACGGUUUGAGAAGGGAAGAGAACCACACGUCAGAGUAGUCCACAGCAAGAUACUGCCAGACUACGAACACUUAGAUGUUAUUUGGGCGAUGGACGCGGUGGAUCAGAUUUUUGGUGAUAUUCGGGAAGUUCUAUGGAAGACUUGCGACGUUAGAGACAAAUGCAUAAUACCGAAAGGCUGCGAGGACGUAGCAGCGUGGGUACGGCCAGAAAAGGCCGAGGCAGAUAACGAGGAUGCUGAGCAGUCGAGUAGCGAUUCGGCGUAA